AUGUCCACACCGAACGACACUCUGCCCUCCGGCCUCCCCAACCCAACCAUCCACAUCACCUCACACAACGACGCAGGCAAAUCCGUCGUCCGCAGCUCCGGUCAGAACGAAUGGAACUGGUUCCGCGACAACACUGUCGGCUUCGACGUCGUGUAUACCACCUCACAAUUUCCCGCUCUUCUCAACGACGAAGCCGACAUCUCCGCCCACGCCGCAACCAUGGCCAAAGGAACGCUAGGCCUCGUCUCCAAGAAUGGCACCGUGUGCCGGAUCGUGGACUUUGGGCCGCUCGACAUGGACCCACCGCCAACCCCGCUGAUGCACCGCACCCAGAGCCUGGAUUAUGGGAUCGUGCUCGAGGGUGAAGUCGAGAUGGAACUCGACGACGGCAGUGUCACGAAGAUGACGAAGGGCGAUAUAGCGGUGCAGAGGGCCACGAUGCAUGCAUGGCGGAAUCCGAGUCGGACACAGUGGGCGAGGAUGUUGUUUGUGCUGCAGGAUUGUCAGCCCGUGGUGGUUGGCGGACAGAGACUCAGGGAGCAGCUUGGCGAGAGUGGUUCGGUAUUGCCGCCGAGUGGGAAUGAUGAUUAA